CUGCGUUGUUUGAUUUUUGAUAUAACAUUGAAUAACUGAGUUCGAAAUGGCGGAGGAAGCUGACCGUAAGAAAAUUGUAAUUACUGUUAAGACUCCAAAGGAUAAAAAACUAAUUGAGAUUGGUGAAGAUGUAGAAAUAAAGGAGCUACGUGCAAUUGUUGCCCAAAAAUUUGAAGCCGAUCCUGAUUUAGUGUGUUUGAUUUUCGCUGGAAAAAUUAUGAAAGAUACAGAUACCAUGAAGACACAUAACAUUAAAGACGGACUAACAGUACAUUUGGUGAUUAAGGUUGCACCUAGAAGUGAACCGGAAGGACCUCGACGUCCGCCUGCUGAUAUUAGUCAAACUCCUUUUGAAUUGAAUCAAUUAGGUGGCUUAAGCGCUCUGGGAACACUUGGUGGAAAUCAGACCAAUUUUAUGGAUUUACAAUCUAGGAUGCAGCAUGAGCUACUUGGAAAUCCAGAAUUGAUGAGAACGGUUUUAAAUAAUCCGUUAGUUCAACAAAUGAUGAACAAUCCGGAAACAAUGCGUCAAAUUAUCACAUCGAAUCCUCAGAUGCAAGAUUUGAUGCAACGUAAUCCAGAAAUUUCGCACAUGCUUAAUAACCCUGAACUGUUGCGUCAAACAAUGGAAUUAGCUCGCAAUCCAUCAAUGUUGCAGGAGCUGAUGAGAUCCCACGACCGGGCGAUUUCCAAUUUGGAAAGUGUUCCAGGAGGAUAUAGUGCACUGCAACGAAUUUAUCGGGACAUUCAAGAGCCUAUGCUCAAUGCGACCACGAGGAAUCCUUUCUAUGGUUCCGCGGACUCUGGCAGCGCAGAAAAUCCUCAGCAAGGCUCAGAAAACCGUAUACCGCUUCCCAAUCCUUGGAGGGAUAGUCAAAAUGGUUCAAAUAAUUCUACGGGAAAUCCACCGCCAAAUAUAUUGAACACAACCAGUAUGCAGAGUUUGCUACAACAAAUCGCUGACAACCCAGCGUUGAUGUCUAACAUGAUCAACGCUCCGUAUACACGUACCAUGUUGGAAACGCUUUCGGCUGAUUCAAAUUUAGCAUCCAACUUAAUGAGCCAAAAUCCUCUGCUGUUCAACAAUCCUCCGCUCCAGGAACAGAUGCGUGCUAUGAUGCCACAGUUUCUACAACAACUGCAGAACCCAGAAGUGCAGCAAAUGAUAUCGAAUCCACAAGCAAUUGAAGCAAUACUGCAAAUUCAACAAGCAAUGGAACAAUUGCGGUCGGUUGCGCCAGGACUUGUAAAUACAAUGGGAAUUCCACCGUCACCUUCAGCAACCAUCACAACAUCCGCUGAUUCCGCUACGACUCCUGUAACUACAACUUCUCAAUCAAAUCCAGCACUUUUUUCUGAUUUUAUGUCACGCAUGAUUAACGGUAUGAGUUCUGGCGUUAAUACUAGUGUCCCUCCAGAACAACGGUAUCAAACUCAAUUAGAGCAGCUCGCUUCGAUGGGUUUUGUGAAUCGUGAUGCUAAUCUUCAAGCUCUUAUUGCUUCAUUUGGCGAUAUAAACGCAGCCGUGGAAAGACUUCUAGCUUUGGGUCAGCUUUCGUUAAGUUAACGUGUUUCCGUUUUAAACGGAACCAAAAAAUCUUCACGAUACACUAAAAAUAAAUAAUC